UAUUUUGAAAACUGUAUUAAAUGUUUAUUAAUUUUAGAUCGGGGCACCACUCUGAAAACAGGGAAAAGACAAUCAAUCUAUGCCUUUUUAAAAUCAGGCUAAAUAAUCACUGUGAUUUGAGUAUAAUAUCAAAGAUAUCCCUAUUGAAGUAUUGUAUUGUAUUGAAGGUAUGAGUCCGAGCACAGACCCUCCUGACCUCCAUUUGUCACAGUAUUCAUGUACAAAAGACACAGAGCGUUCCUUCAAGUGAAUAAAAGUAAUAAUUUAUUAAAUCAAAUAACAAGAAUCAAUUAAACAAUCAUAUUCACUGAAAGUGAAAAUUAAUGCAUAAUGAAAAUCUAUUAAGAUUGCCUGUAGACGCACGCCUCCACCGAAGAUGACACCAAAACACUUUAACAUAAGGUUGCAGAUCUUGGGUCGAACAUGCAAGAUGGUGCCUAUGAGGAAACUCUCAUUCAUGAAUGAAAGAAAGAGAGAGGGUCGCAUUUGAAUACAAAGAUGUGUUUGAAAGCACAGCAUGUUCUGUGAAUGAAACAAAAGGAUCGCGUGCGUGAGAGUUGAUGGCUCUAAACCACACAAACUCGACACAGGCAGAGCCAGGCCAGUCUGUGAAUUUUACCGUUUAUACAGACAUUUUCUCACCACGGGACUUGUCUAUGUGCUCACAGCGGGGCGAGACAAGUCGCCACAGUGACUGCAUGAGGUGCGCUCCACACUCAGCAGCGAAACAACAACACAAACAUAUCUCAUUACGUGAUCACAUGGCGUGAGAAGGGAAUUAAUAAAUGUGUAACUGUAACAGGGUCAGUUACUACAGUAUAUUUGUAAUGUACUGCAAUUUAUUGAAUACCUGAUAUUUAUUUUAUCUUUUCAUUUUAUAACUACACAAAAUGUAUGUUAAGUUUUUAUUUUUAUAUUUUACCCUGACACGGGAGGUUAAGUUGUCAUGUGGAACCUUUGUGAUUUUCUGUCCCCCACAUUCACGUUUGAGGUGCCCACCUGGUAUUUAAGGGUGUGUCUGCCCUCACCUCUCCCCUUCUGCUGCUGCAUACUGUGGGAGAGGUUGGGAGAAUUUUGUCACUCUGUCCAGACAAGGAGCAGGGGAGAUACCUGGUGACUCAUGUUGUGACUGCGAAUGGUUCCUGGUCACAGAGGUUGCAGCGAGCUGAAAUUUUACUCAGAAGUACCUUUAAUCCCAGUCUGAAGUGGCUGUUCCAUGGUCGCAGUCAAGAGGAGGACAAUGACACGGAAGAAGGAAACUUUGUAAUUGCACACAACCUCAUGUCCCGGUCCUCUGCACGUCUCCUGCGUCUGCAACAAGCUCUUCUGACUGUGGCACCACAGUGGCAGAUGGUCAGCCAGACGCAGCCGGGCUCUCCACUGGUAUGUGUGAAAGGGCUGCCAGCAGAGAGUGAUUUCCUCCCCUCCUCCUGUUCCUUGCUACAGGGACACUACAGAACUCUGUGGAGACUCCUGGAGCAGCGAUCUCUGCUGCUCUUCAUACACGAGUACACGAGGAGGGCUCGUCUCACGGCAGCGUUCCUAUCCAGAGUGAGGCACCUGCUGGAGGAGCAGAUCCCAUCCACCUGGUCUUCAUUUAGGGUCAGUCUUGGGUCACUCAGUCAGGAGCUUCGGGUCCAUCUCAACCACUGGCCUUGUCUGUUGUCCAAAAUUAAUUCUGACCAGUAUCUGAAAUGUGCUUUGGUUCAGCACACCAGGAUGCUGCUGGAAAUCAAACAGACUAUGGACUUACUUGGUCUGCAGAUGCUGGUCUUGAUGGAACGUGUUAUUUAUGUCCUUCUGUCUGCCAUAGCCCAAAAUGAACUUCAUUCUGUACCAAGAGAUGUUCUGGAGGACAUUUUAGCUGGAACAGAUGUGUAUAAUCAGGCAGUGGAGGAACAUAGGGUGCAACACAGCUCCACCCAGCUGAGAACUGCAGUAUUACAUCAAGCAGCGUAUUCCAUACUGCACUCUGGUCUUCCAAACAGCAAGAAGCAUCACCCUGCUGCCUUCUCUGUCAAAGAACUGGCAAGGACUUUAGCAGUGCAUCAUGCAGAAAAGGCAGCAAAGCAGCUGUGCUGGGCCUCAGCUCAGAGCUGUCAGGUCUGUUUGCUCCACAACAACCAUGAGAGCCACUUCACACUGAGGUCUGAACAGACCUGGGAACAUCUGCAGCACACCAACCUGAUGUCAUCUCCUCACUUUUCUGUUGAUCAAAUCCUUUAUCUGAAGUCAUCAAUGCACUGUGCCUGCCAUGAAACUCCCCUUUAUGUCCCUGAUCUUUAUCCGGACCACCAUCUUUUGUUUUCUGAGUUCCCUUCUGUCCAACAUAAAACAGCCUGCUCUAACAGAGACCAAACCAGCCAACGCCAAACCCACCUAACCCAGAUUGGUAGAGUCCAGACCAGCAUGGAAGGUUUAGACUUCACCCAGCCAAAAGCAGAAAGAUGGGGGAGCUUAGAGAACAAAUCAAACACGACCAAUCAGCUGUCAGGCCUGCCUCUGUCUGCUGUGGGUCAAUCCUCAGUUGAGUUACUGUUUCAGCUACUGGUUUCCUCACACAUGUCUACACCAGAGGCACCACCUGAACAGCUGCUGCCAAACACAAGAACCGAUGAGUCAUCCCCAAAUAGAAAAACUGAGAUGAAAAGACUGAGUGCAGAACCAAACAAGGACCAAAACAUGGAGAGAAGUCCACUGGAAUGGACUGAAGUGAAAACUAGAACCAGGCUAGAAGUCAGUGCCAGCUCAGGUGAUCAAAUGUCUGUAGACCCAGAGAAAGCAGAGACUUUGCGAGGGGACACAACAACACAGGAGUCAGACAAUGUUCUCUGUCCGCACACGGUGCAGUGGUUGGACCUUGGUCAGUCACUGGUGUUCGCUGAUGUGAUUGGACAGUAUCGCACAAUGCUGUGGGCUCUGUGCUGCAAAGCAUUGUGGCUGCAGAUGUAUGCUCCACAAGCAGCAAACAUGGCAGAAAGCCUCAACCUCCAAGACAAGCACAGGAGUUUGCAGAUGCUUCAUCUGAUCAGCCAAACCUCAGAGACGGAUGUGAUUCCAAAGGAGAGCAGAGCCUUGCAGGAAGAUUUUAACCUGAAUCUCAUUGUCAGUACAACAUAUGCUCACUGGGACUAUGUGUUUUGCAGAGGUUUAGGGUCGUCUCUGAAAGAUAAGUGUCUCACAAAUGCAAAUCAAGUCAGGUGUUCUGAGACAUCGGAAUCUAAGCAGGAUGGAAGUGUGAUGAUGUCAGCAACCAUGGAGCACUUCCUGCUGCUGCUACGCCUGCUGCUCUCCUCUCAGUGCUGCCAUUGCUCUGAUAGAGAGGUGUCAGGCUCUUUCACUCUCUUGCCUUCCAACUUUAGUCUCCAGAGACAGGCUGUUAACCUGGCGUUGGCCACAGUGCAGUUGGCUACAGUCUGGGUCACGUACAAGGCUCAGCACUUCCUCUCCUCGUGGAGCCUCAACAAGUUUCUACUCAUUAUACAGGGAGACCUCAAAGUCCUGAUCAAGUCAUCAGAGAUGCUACUGCAUCAGAUUAAGUCUGUUAUGACGAAUUCAGACAGUGACCAUCAAUCAGCUUUUCACAACCACAACCAUCUCCUGCUGAAGCAGCAACUCAAAGCACUUGACAGGGCUGUCUCUGAGCUGCAAACUUUCUCUUCUCUGGUGCUCAACACAUUUUCUAGUGACUGCAAGAGAAAGUCAGGGGAAAUCUUUGAACAGACCAUGCCAUCCUCUGCUCACUGGAGACCCAGCCACAGAACAGGUUUCCCCAGCAGUCCCAGUGAGUAUGCAUCUCUGGCAGCACAGACUGUGAUUGGUCAGGUUUUAGAGGGCGUGGCACCAUUGCCCAAUGAUGCCCGUGUCCAAGCUCUGAGUAUAACAACGACGGCUUUCCUGGAAGCGUGGAUGGAACACAUCCUGAAACAGAGGAUCAGAUUCAAUGUGCAGGGUGCCCUCCAGCUGAAACAGGACUUUGACUCUAUCAGAGAGCUACUCCAGUCGGAGGAAUAUGGUCUGUCAGCUGAACUCCACCAGCAACUGCUCAGCCUACGUGUUUUUCAGCAGGUGGACUCUGCAAUGAUGUGUCUGCUCCAGCAGCCACAGGCUAAACCUUACCUGCAGUCCAGAACCUGGGAGCCUUUCACACGCUGCUGUCCAGCUCGCAGCAGCAGUGACAGCAUUGAUGCAGCAGUGGGAAGCAGUAUCACCAACUUGAGAUCUAUGGAGGGUGAAGAGCUCACUCAGUCUGAUCCCUCUGUUGGGACCACUGAGCUCAAUCCAGUGAACACAUCAGCCCCGGGGGAGCCCUACCUUGCACCAAGCCUUGCUCUCGGUGCUGCUCAGCAGGAGUGGUUGGACCUGAGGAUCCACAGCAAUGUCCGUCGUUGGAGGCUUCCGGGGCUGCAGUGUCUCUCCAAGUCUGAACCCUGAUAUCUGGUCACUUUCACUGGGCUUUAGUAUAUGUGUGUAUACUGUAUAUUUAUGUGUGUGUGUGUGUGUGUGUGUA